AUGAGGAUGUAAAAUUGCUGAAGUGACCUCACAGCUGGGAACAGCUCCUGAUAAGCUGCUGGGCACUGCCAGGGGUCUUCCAGCACGGAUCGGGUCUAACACUGCCCCUGCCCGGGUGCUGCUUCAGGGAGCCCCCGUUAGCAAGGCACAAAUCCCCUUGGCUUUCCUUCAAAACCUCAGCCACAGCCAGAAUGUUCAAAAAACUCACCAAAUUCAUCGUAAAUCAAACGGAUCCAUGCAAAGAAUGGGUCCCUGUCGAAAGCAUCGCAGACAAUGAGCACUUCAGGCCUCUCUGUCUACUGAAAAGAAAAAGCAAACCAAAAACCGUAUUCCACCGAGCUCCCUACUACCAGCAGACAGGCUUCACACUGGAUGAUGUGCUGCUGCCUGGAGAAGAUGGGAAAAGCAUAGAUUCCCUCCAUCAAGAAUCCAGCCAAUUUACCCUCACAAAAGUCAGCGCUGACCAAGCUGAUGGAGGUCUCAGCAUUUCAUUUGACCCGACAAACGUAGAGCUGAAAGGAGGCUCCUCCUUGUCCAAAGAGUUUUCCAUUACGCCACAGAAGAAGAGCGUAUCACUGGAGGCACUGAGGAGAGAAAGGAAAAUCAACAUGGAUCAUUCCUUCAUCCGACAGCUACGGAGAACGGACAUCAGGCUGUAUGUGGUCACUGCAAUCCUCGAGGCCUCAGAGGAGGCUGUCUACAAGGAAUCCAGCAAGGCAGACAGGGGCUUCAAGGCCAAAUUUUAUGCCACACUCUGUGCACAGGGCAACAGGGAGGACACACAAAGCAUAGUGAUACCCAAGGGCUGCACGCUGGCCUUCAGGACCAUCCCGCUAUGCAUUAGAGAUGGAGCAUGGGAUCUGGAUUAUUUCCCGGCAGAAGCUGUGAGAAAGCAAGCUUAUGUAGCUGAUGGUCCCUCAGCAGGAAAAUUAGGAGAAGUGAUGACAGAAGUUCAGUAUUCCUGCCGAAUUUUCCCCGAGUUGUCUCCUGACCUGCUGCUCAUCAUCUUCAACACCAUCAAAGCUGUGAUGAGAGACAAGAGCCUCCUUCAAGAGCUCAGCCAGAAAAUGGAAGAAGUUUCUGAGCAAAAUGAUGGUUAUCAGCUGGAAACUGAGAGCCCAGACUUAAAAGACCUGUUCAGCGCCUUACAGCAUUGCCCAAGAGAUCGUCUCCUUCCGCUGGCAGAGGGAAUCACCUACGUCCUUGACGCUUUGCAUGAGUUAACGGAGCAUCAGCUGCUGCUGCUGCUGGAAUCCUUGGAAAGGAAGAUUGUGUCCCAACAGCUGAACCUGGUUGAAAACCUCUUGAAACAUGACCUGGAUACGGGGAAGGAGACUUUCCUUGUGGAUGCCACAGUGCUCUUCUCACAGGAAGAGGAACAGAGGUUAACCAUUGCCCUGGUGGAGCUGAGUGGAGUGCAGCUCCAGGAAGAUGGAUCAGCUGUCCCUAGGGAUCAACCCUUCGAGGCUGUGGCAGCCCUGUUCGUGGUCCUGUACGCCCUUAACUUCCUGAGUGGUUCAGGCUGCUUUGGCUGGCAAAAGGAAAUUUACGGCAGGAAACUUCAUUAUGGGUACUAAAGGCUGGAUAUCAAAGUGGAUUUGUUUCACUGACACGUCCCUGGUCCCAACACUGCCAUAAUCCCUGAGAUGUUCCAUGGACACAUGCAGCACUUCAGAGCAAGCUUACUCUCAUUAUCACUCUGUAAAUAAAGAGGACCUUCUUUCUACACAACUGAGUGUUCUCAAAGUCAAUUUCUUAAUUUUCUGUAGUUUUGGUUCCACAGCACAUCUGACAAGCUUGGGAUCCUAUAUGAAAAAUACAGGCACUUAGCCCUGGGGGGACGUCGGGGGGUCCCUCAGGCUGUGGGGCCCUGGGAAGGUCUCUGGAGGCCAUGGGUGCCUGCAGCAAGGGACAGCACUGCUCAGCUGUGUGGGGACCGACGGCUCUGCGAGCACCAGGGGCCAGGCUCUGCC